AUUUAUUCUCGUCCUACACUAGGUGAGACUGGACUCCUCAUUUCUCCAGUGACUAAAUGGAACCCAUUUCAUGGUUAUGCUGGAAACAAGAAAUUCUCACAGCAGAAGCUGUUGGAAGACGUAUUUAAAAAAGGGGAUCUGUAUUUCAACACCGGGGAUCUUAUGUCUGAGAGCCAGGAUGGCUACAUUUACUUCCGUGAUCGGAUUGGAGAUACCUUUAGAUGGAAAGGGGAAAACGUUGCAACUACAGAGGUGGCCGAAAUGAUCGGAAUGUUGGACAUUGUAGAAGAAGCUAAUGUGUAUGGAGUAGCUGUCCAAGGGUAUGAAGGCAGGAUAGGAAUGGCAGCUGUCAUCCUGAAACAAGGUCAAGAGUUUGAUGGAAAAAAGGUAUACAAUCAUGUUGUGAAACAUCUACCAAGCUAUGCCUGCCCACGCUUCCUAAGAAUCCAGGAUUCCAUGGAGAUGACUGGAACCUUCAAGAGAAAAAAAAUUAACUUGGUAGAAGAAGCAUUUAAUCCCAGGAUCAUAACUGAACCAUUGUAUUUCCUGGAUACUGUUGAGAAAUCUUACAUUUUAAUGACAGAGCAAAUCUAUGACCAGAUUUUGUCAUUCAAGAUAAAAUUGUGAGCCAUUUUUGUAAUUUGGGCAUUUAUUAUAUAUCCAUGGGAACUCUUCAUGACCAAUUCCUCAGCAAAUAAUUUUAUAGCAUUAAUGUUAACAGCAGCUGUGAUUUAUUAACACAUACUAUCUGAAGAUGUAUUAUUUGCUGAGAAUAUUUUUAACUUGUCUUGUAAAUAAUUUUAAUUUGUAUCUCUGUAACAAUAAUGUUAUUGAUAUAAAUAUAUAAAUAAACACAUUUUAGAAGUGACUUGAUUUUCUAAACUGUUAAAAAACCUGUAAUUGUAUUUUUCACUGAACCGCAUAAAAAUGGUCUCACUCUAAUUUCUUGUCAUUUAUUGCAAAUAUACAUUUCAAAACUUGGAAUGGCUACCCUUUUCAUCAGGCACAUUUGAUUUUUAAUUUCCUACAGCAGGAUGCACAUUGAUCUUUUUUUAGUUGAAUAGUUGUAAUUUUAAUGUGAUCGCUAUUUCAUUCCUGUAACUAAUCAUUUGUGCCCUGUAUAUGGUCAUUUUCAUUUUGUGCAGCAUUCUAAGCUAGAAUUGCUUCGUCUUAGUAACAACAUGGCAAGUCCUGGCACCACGGGACAAAGAGCAGUAUACAAAGCUAUCAAAAACAAUUGGGCAUCUAACAGCCCAGAAGGAAGGCUACAGCUAAGAACAGAGACAUGACUAUCAGAUAUUGGGUGCUGAGGCACAACACUCUCCACAAGACAGAUAAAACCCCUGACAGGAGAAAGGUAUGAUAAAAAGAUUGAGGGAUGGGGAAGUGGCAGGGACCAGACCUUUACCACAGAAUUUACUGCCAAAAGACAGAUCUACCUGGAGAGAUCCAAGACCCAGUGCUCCAGGACACUGCAACUCCUGUUGCCAAAGAUUUCACACUAAACUUGCCUUGUCUGAGCCACUAAAGUCACUGUGACUUGUAUGUCUUUGUUUGUAGGACCUUUCAUGUUUAUUGUUGUGCCAAACUUUGGCUUUCUGAAAUUUACUCACUGUCCUUUGGAGUAAGAGAAAAAUUGAAAUGAAGUUGUCUCUCCAUGGGUGUUCGUAAGUAUUUCCAGCACCUUCUGGUUUUAUUUCAGUUUUCCAGCAUCUGCAUUAUUUUGCUUUUAUUUCGGAAUCUACCUUUCUUAUAGACAUUUAUUUCUAUCUGCAGAUGGUUGCAAAUGCUUCAGCCUUAUCUUUUGCACUGAAGUGCUGAGGUCCUCCAUCCUUAAGGAUGGGGAUAUUUGUGGAGCUUCCUCCUCCAGUUCGUUGUAUAAUUGUCCACCACUAUCCAUGACUGAAUGUUGUAGAACUGCAGAGCUUCAAUGUGAUCCAUUGGUUGUGGGAUUGCUUAGCUUUGAUUAUCACUUGCUGCUUGUGUUGUUUAGCACACAAAUAUUCCUGCUGUAGUCGCCAUAGUCCCAUAGAACAACUGCAUCAUUACAGAGAGAGACAACUGGUAGUAGUUCAACCUGAGGGUCCCCACGCCUCAGUCGAGGGGAGAGUUUAAGAAGGAGGGACAUUCAUGAUGACCUUAGCCAGUUCAGGAUUUGAACUCAUGCUGUUGGCAUCAGGCUGAAUCACAGACAAGCUGUCCAGCCAACUAACCUAACUGGUGCCCAGUGUCACCAGGUUGACACCUUAUUUUCAGGUAAACCUGGUGCUCCUCUUGACAUACCCUCUUGAAUAUUCAUUGAACCAGGGUUGAUCCUCCUGACUUGAUGGUAAUGGUUGAGUGGGGGAUAUGCCGGGCCAUGAGGUUACAGAUUGUGCUGGAGUAUAAUUCUGCUGCUGUUGAUGGCCCACAGCGCCUCAUGGAUGCCCAGUCUUGAGUUGCUAGAUCUGUGCGAAAUCUGUCCCAUUUAGCACGGUGAUAGUGCCACACAACACGAUGGAGGUUGUUCUCAGUGUGAAGGCGGGACGUCGUCUCCACAAGGACUGUGCGAUGGUCACUCUUACCGAUACUCUCAUGGACAGAUGUUACUGCAGCUGGCAGAUUAGUAAGGAUGAGGUCAAAUAUGUUUUUCCUUCUUGUUGGUUCCUUCACCACCUGCUGCAGACCCAGUCUAGCAGCUAUAUCCUUUAGGACCUGACCAGCUUGAUCAGUUGUGCUGAUAGUAGACAUUGAAAUCAGAGUCCAUUUUGUACUAUUGCCACUCUCAGUGCUUUCGCCAAGUUUUGUUCAACGUAGAGGAAUUGAUUGUAUGUGCUUAUUCAAUAAACUGGCUCAAAGAUUAAAAAAAA